AUGACGCCUCCACAAAAGAUCAAGCAAUGGCUCACGGGCCAGGACGGGCUCGAUAAGCUCAGGAUGGGCGAGGCGGAAUGCCCGGCCCCUGGCGAAGACGAGGUGUUGGUUGAAGUCCAUUCCGUGAGUCUGAACUACAGGGAUACCGAAGUCGCCAUGGGCCUCUACAACCACCACAAGUCCGUAGAGCAUCCCCCCGCUAUUGUCCCAUGUAGCGACAUGUGCGGUGUAGUUGUUGCGGUUGGUCCAGUCUCCAACAACACUUCAGACCCCUACAAGAACCCAGCUUUCCAGCUCAAGGAAGGCGACCGGGUCAUCAGUACAUUUGCGCCGAAACAUCUCAGCGGCCAAAUCAAGGCCUCAGACAUUGCAGGUGGCUUGGGCGGACCUGCGCCUGGAGUGUUGACGCAAUACCGUGUCUUCCCCACGUAUGGCGUUGUCAAGAUACCAGAUUAUCUAUCCGAUGACGAAGCGGCUUGCUUGCCAAUCGCAGCUGUAACCGCGUGGAUGAGCUUGAAUUGUAUGCGACCAAAUGGCGAGAUCAUCGGACCGGGCGAAAAGAUCCUGUGCCAGGGUACUGGCGGUGUAAGCAUCUCUGCAGCCCAGAUCGCAUCCGCAGCAGGCGCAGAUGCUAUCAUCACAUCUUCCUCCGACGAGAAGCUCCAGCGCGCAUCCAAGCUUGGCGCGAAGACAACCAUCAACUACCGCAACACUCCAGACUGGGAGAACGCAGUCCUUUCUGCUACCUCCGACGAGGGCGCUGACAUCAUCAUCGAAGUCGGUGGCGCGCAGACACUUCGCAAGUCGUUCGAAUGUGUACGCUUCGGCGGAUUGAUCUCUUGCAUUGGCUACCUAUCUGGCAAGCAAGAUGAGGCUGGCGACAGGACAAACACGAACUUGCUGUGCCUGAAGAGGAAUGUUACACUCAAGGGCAUUGUGAACGGCCCUAGGACUGAACUUGAAAGAAUGCUCAAGUUCUACGACGAGAAGAAGAUUAAGCCAGUGGUCGACCGUGUUUGGAAGUUUGAAGAGGCUGAUCAAGCGAUCAAGUAUCUGUUCAGCGGAGGUCACUUUGGAAAGGUAGUCAUCAAGGUGAAGGAGUAG